AUGCAGCCUGAGAUGGAACAAAAGAAAAAAAACUUGAAGCAGAGAUUGGUCUUGAAGAACACUUUAGCCAAGGAAACACUCUCUGAAUUCUUGGGUACAUUUAUAAUGAUUGUCCUUGGAUGUGGUUCUGUUGCCCAAGCUGUUCUCAGUCGAGGACACUUAGGAGGAGUCAUCACUAUCAAUAUUGGAUUUCCAAUGGCAGUUGUGAUGGCCAUUUAUGUGGCUGCAGGUGUCUCUGGUGGCCACGUCAACCCAGCUGUUUCUUUUGCAUUGUGUCUUUUUGGACGGAUGAAGUGGUUCAAAUUCCCCUUUUAUGUGGGGGCCCAGUUCUUAGGAGCCUUUGUAGGGGCUGCAACCCUCUUUGGCAUUUACUACGAUGCAUUUAUGUCUUUUGCUGGUGGAAAGCUGCUCAUCGUGGGAGAAAAUGCAACAGCACACAUUUUCGCAACAUACCCAGCUCCGUAUCUGUCUCUGGCGAAUGCAUUUGCAGAACAAGUAGUGGCCACCACGCUCCUCCUCAUUGUCAUCUUUGCCAUUUUUGACUCAAGAAACUUGGGAGUCCCCAGAGGUCUAGAGCCUGUGAUCAUUGGCCUCCUGAUUGUUACCAUCGCCGCCUCUCUGGGAAUGAACAGUGGCUGUGCCAUGAACCCGGCUCGAGACCUGAGUCCCAGACUCUUCACUGCUUUGGCAGGUUGGGGGUUUGAGGUGUUCACAGUUGGGAAUAACUUCUGGUGGAUUCCUGUAGUGGGCCCUUUGGUUGGUGCUGCUCUUGGAGGCCUCAUCUAUUUUCUUCUCAUUGAAAUCCACCACCCAGAUCUGACCCCAGACUUGGAGACAGAACAACCGGAGGACAAACCAGAGAAAUAUGAACUGAAUGCAAUCAUGUAA